AUGAACAUCAGCAACCUGGUGAAUGAUGAGGAUGGGGUGGUUUUGCCACUACAUCAGAAGGUUCAGCUCGUCCGAAAACAACUUGGCUGUACGUCGAAGGAGGCAGUGAGCCUCAUAAUGAGGAAACAGCAACGCUUGAAGACCGGAAAGGACACCUUGGAGAGUGCGGGUGACUCAAUCUUCCAACCAUGUCUGUCACCUGGAUAUGCCAACAAAGAAAACCUGGAGUCCAACAAUGCCCUCAUCGAGCCCAUCGAGAAGAAUGAGAUGGACGACGUCGCCAUUGACGUACGUUGUUCCAUUCUCUCAGUCCAGGAAGAGAAGGCAUCAGUUCUCGCAGUGACGAAGAACAGCGGCCUUCACGACUUUGCCUUUGACCGCGUCUUUGGGGAGCGCAGCGGUCAGCCACAAGUCUACGAAGCAGCGGCGCGGCGCCUGGUGAUGGAGUUCUUGAAUGGAACCAGUGCCAGCAUCAUUUGCUACGGUCAGACAGCCAGUGGCAAAACGCACACUAUGUUUGGACCUCCAACCACUGGCCAACUGACAGUCGCCGACCACCAAAUGCAAGGUCUUGUUCCAAGGACCUGUGCAGAGGUCUUGCAGGCAGUUGACCACUGGCGCUCACGCGGGCUUGAAGUUCGGCUGAGUGCCAGCUAUGUGGAACUUUUCGGAAGUGAGGUUUCUGAUCUUCUUCGGGAGGGCCGAGUGGUGGGCCAACAUCGUGAAGGGCGCUACUCUGCAGUGCGUGCGACCGAUCGAGUCGGCCAUCGCUAUGUCUUGGACGGGCAGCUGGGCCUUUUUGCAGUGGGUUGGAAGAGGAAACUUGAGGAAACGUUCUAUAAUCUGUAUUGUAUAAAAAUCUAUAAUAAUAAUUAA